UUGGGGUUCAGGGAGAGGAUGUCCACGAAUGAAGAUGGGCAUUUUGAGUACAUGACUGCGGAUGAGGAGGAUGAUGUGGGCAUCAUCACUGAUCAAGUUGAGAAUGCGGAUGAAAUGCUCACUAGAGUAUUUGUGAGGAAGAGGAAUUCAAUACGGGACCUCUCUCUGUUCUGGCGAUGAGCGUAAAGAAUAACCCCCAGAUGCUCAUCAAUUGUCGUAACAACAAGAAACUUCUCGGUCGUGUCAGGGCUUUUGACCGCCACUGCAACAUGGUUCUGGAAAACGUAAGAGAAAUGUGGACUGAGAUUCCAAAAACUGGGAAGGGUACGAAGAAAGCACUCCCCGUUAACAAGGACAGAUUCAUCAGUAAGAUGUUUCUUCGAGGGGAUUCAGUUAUCAUUGUUUGCAAUAGAUAAAAAUUUGGCGCAUCAUCAGAUAUCAAUGUUGUUGUUUGUUGCAUUUGCUUGUGGCUGUGGAAUGUUUCUAUUUACAAAGUUACUGGGUGUACGAGUACUAACUGGUUAUUUCAUGUAACUUUGCACUUUCCUCCUAGUUUGUUAACUUUUCAUACUGAAUGUUAACUUUUGCUGCUUUAUGUUAACUUCCAUCCAAACCUGUUAACUUUUCAUACUGAAUGUUAACUUUCGCUGCUUUAUGUUAACUUUCAUCCAAACCUGUUAACUUUUCAUACUGAAUGUUAACUUUCGCUGUUUUAUGUUAACUUUCAUCCAAACCUGUUAACUUUCACUACUUUAUUUUCGUAGAAGCGUUUAAAAAAGCUAUGACCAAGUCUUUUAUCUCAUCCCAGAUUAUGAGAAGUGAAGUGUGUCAAGAGAUGAAAUCGAGAUAUUGCCACCAAUUAUUACUAAAAGGAAGAGAAGAAAUAGAACUAGACGUAUAAACAAUAGAAUAAUUUACAAACGUCCACUGAAAUGUUCUCGAUGCAAAGUGAGUAAGGGAAAUAGAACACGUUAACCAUGUAAUUUUGGCAUUCUCUUCUUACGUGAUUGUGCCCCUGUGUGUUUAUGUGGUUAGAGACGAACUCUAUCCCUAACUUAUCCUCAAAUUUUUACCCAUUUCUAUACUUCAGAUCUUUAUAAAGCAUCCUGAAAGGAAGACAACCUUUAGAAAAUGGUUACCAAAUAUCUCAUUACAUUUUUAUGUUGCACUCUAGGGUGAUCUACAUCUUUUUUGUUCUUUGUAGAUAUUUCAAUCUAUACAAUCCAAAAUUCUCUCAUGUUAUCAGCACUUCUUGUUUCUUUUAAUGAUUUCAUUGUUGUUUCUAUCAUAGACUAACAUUAUCAACAAUUACUGCCUAUUGGUUGAUCCAGAAGCUUUGUGACAAGAACUAAGGAAUCUGAAGGUUUUACAUCUACCCGCUCUUGGGCGCAUCCCUGUUAGGAUGGAGCUUUGUUGGCUCAGGUGGAACUCUCCAUUCUUACCUAGGGUUUGUGUUCUUGAUUAAGCAUUGAUAGAUAAGCGAUGUAUCAGCUUGUUGUAGGAGUAUUUGAUAUCGUUUGUUGUACAUGUGGGUGGACUGCUUCUUACAGCAAUACUUAUGUUAGCGAAAUAUAGGUCAUUCAGAAUUUUAUAGUAUAUUGUGGAAAACUUUUGUAAUC